UUUUAAAAAAAAGGAAAAGAAAAAUGGUUACUACUUCUACAAAUUCAGAAGAAGCAAUAAUUGAAGAAGAAAGAAUAUUAACAGAAUUGGAGAAAAAUGCAAUUUCUAGAAGGCAGCAUUUAUUGGAAAUGCGAAAAAGGUUUGUUGGAAGGAAUCAAGGAAAUGGAGACAUUGACGGUGAACAGAAUUGUGGAGAAGAACGUUUUCCAAUUCAAUUUCGAUCAUAUAAACCAGUUAAUGUGCAGCAACAAUCAUCACCAUCAGAACCACCAAGAGAAGAAAUUAAUUUAUUAAAAGAAAAAAUUGAAGGGCAAUUAGAAGCUGGGAAAGAUGCAAAAGUUGGGGAUUCUUUAGAUAUUAAUACUUUGGCUCCAAGAAAAGUGGAUUGGGACUUGAGAAGAGGAAUUAAAGAGAAAUUGGACAAACUUGAUAAAAGAACAAAUAAGGCUAUAAUUCAAUUGAUAAGAAAACGUGUCAAAGAAGAAGCAGGAAACGAAGAGUUAAUUGCUUAUGCAGUUCAAGAAAUGGGUAAUGAGUGA